GAUUCUUCGGUUGUUGAGAUUUACCGAAAGUUGGUAUUAAAUGUCUUGUGUGUUCUGUAUUCUUUUUUACUUAUUCUUUGAUCGGAGGGUUUCUGAUUUACAUCACAACUCUACCAAUUUCAGGCUGCAAUUCAUAUAGGCAAAGUUCUCGAAUGGCUGUUCGAUAAUAUUUUAACAUUUGAGAAAUUUGGUUUGUAGAAAGGGAUGUGUUUAUAUUCCUCUAGGUACGGAUUUAAAAAAGGUAUUGUUUUGGUGCCGAAACUCAGUUAUCUUAUCAGCACUACUAAAAAUAAAAUCAUAUCCAGCCCCAUUAAAUGAUAGUGGCUGUUUUAUUUAUUUAUUUUUUUCAUACAGUUUGUGUGAGGAUGUUUUAUUAUGCCUCCGCGCCGGCGAUAGCCGUGGCCAGAAGGCAUUGUGUUUUCGGGUUGUCCGUACGUCCGUCUGUCCCAUUUUUGGUAACACGAUAUCUCAGGAACGCCUUGAGGGAAUGUAUUCACAUUUGGCACAAAUGUCUACUGAGACUCAAGGAUUUACUAAUUACAUUUCAGUGGUCAAAGGUCAAGGUCACUGUGACCUCACAAAAUGUGUUUUUGGCCUUAACUUGAGAAUUCCUACAGUAAUUAUAACCUUACACACAAAUGUCUAAUACAAUGAUGAAGUGAUGAUAUUUUAUAUCCAUUUAUUUAAUUUAAUCUUUACUUAAGUAGGCAAGCCAUUAAGAACAAAUUCUUAUUUACAGUGGCGGCUUGGUAGAAGGCAAAGCUUCUUGAGAAGAACAGAAGGUCAAAGGUCAACUCCACUGUGACAUCAUAAUGUUAUGCAAAAAUGCUUUUCUGGCCAUUAUUCAACACCAUAACUCAGGAACAGAAGGGGAGAUUGUGACCAUAUUUUACAAAUAUUUGACAGCUCAGUAAAAUGAAUGUGGAUAAGUUGAAAUACGAGAGAGGUCGCUUCUAAUUACUGGAAGGUGUUUUUGGCCUCUAAAUUAAAAAUGCACAUUGACAUGUAUAAACAUUCAAGUGUACCUUUUCAUUAAGCUGGUGUGUGGUGAGGAAAGAUGGCAAAGUUUAAAAAAUAGUAUGUCCAAAAAUCUCUUUUGCUGGGCUUGGAAGUAAUUUCCUCCUGUUCAGUCAGUGCAGAUCACCUAAAUCUAAAACCAUGCGCUAGAUUUCACACUUCAAUCUCCAGUCAUACACAGUUAAAAACAUUUUAAAUAAUCAUUGUCCAGUUGCUGUGUAGGGCUGGGUAUUGAUACUUAAUACCUUUUUAAGGUAUCCCUCCUAAUGCUGUAUGUCUUUUUAGUCUGAGUUUGUCUGCUUCUUGUCUAUUGUUUCCUGUGUGUAACACCAAGACCGUGAUGGAAUUAAGUAUUUUACUUUAACAUGUCAUCCUUUGGAUUACUGUUUUAUCAUCUAGAUCCAGAAAUCAAUCAAGUAAUCAAGCAAUCAAUCAAUCAAUCAAUUGACCGAAAUAACCCAGUACCAAGUAGCAUCAAAACUGAUCCUUUUUGUGCCCAGAUCUAGAAUGACACAAUCACCGCAAGCGUUCUUCAAAAUAAUCCGACGUGUGAUUGGCCCACUACUGCAGCAGCUACAGCCCAUGCAGUCUGUGGUCUGGCGCGGCUGUGGAAGGAAAAGGAAAGGGACACCCGUGAAAGUCUUUGUUACACACACUGAGGAAGAGAGCAUGCCUGAACACAGCUUCAGCCCAGGUGAUCGUAGAGAAGCAGCAGAGAAUAAACGGCCCAUGCUGGAUGGGCCUUUCUUCAACACAGACUCCGCUCCUCACAACUGUGGUCCAUCAGUGCAGGCUCAUGACAAAGUCUCCACCGGAUCCAAGACCAGCUCCUGCUCUGCAUCUACCCCAGCUCCAGCUCCUGCCGCUUCCUGCCAAACCCCAACCCCGCUCCCUGCUCCUGCCCCAGCCACGACGACUUCAGCUCAGGCCCCGUCUCUGACCCCUGCGUCCACAGCUCCGGCUGCCCCGAUGGCCUCUGCUCCGGCCCCAACAGCCAGCUCAUUCCCCCCCUCCCCUAACUGCCGCAUCCGCGAGGUCCACUGUGGCAGCCAGGUGCGGCUGGUUGUUAUCGCCAUCCGAGACAUUACCAAGGGGGAGGAGAUCACUGUGGACUACAGCCUGACAGAGUGGGGAGAGAACUUGGGUUUUCGUGGUACUGUGUCUCCAGCGCAACACGAGUGUAACUCUGACACGGAGAAUAACAACAAUAUCAAAAAGGAGGAUGAGCCUCUCUCUGUGACAGCCCAGCAGCAGCAGGAGUAUGUCACCCCCUCUUGGUCCCUCUCCCCCUCCUCCUCCCCCAUCUCCCACUCUGACGCCAGUGACUCAGAUGCUGGAGAUGAAGACAACGCUAGCCCCCGCGGGCGGGCACAACGCCGGCGCAAGAAACGGCGUAGCACUCCAUCAAAGAAAAAGACCCCCCAUCGGACCCCACCUGGACGGCCGCUGCCGGUCCCCCCCACCAGCAUUCCUCAUUACAACAGAGCGCUUCCUUCAUCCCACCCCCCAGCACAGUCCUCCCCUCCCUGCUCGUCCUCCCCUCCCUGCUCGUCCUCCUCCUCUUCAGCUAAGCCAGUGUUCAAAGCUCCGGCUCCGCUGGGCUCCAACACCAAAGGCAAUGUCAACAUAAAGGUGCCCAAAGGAGGAGUGUCCAUAGACGCCAUGCGCCAAACCUGUGAGCACUGUGGACGCCACUUCCGCUCCCUGGGUCGCCACUUGGAUAAGCACCAUGCCCACCAACCAGAGGUCUGCUCGGCCCUGGUGGAGCGCUACACACAGAUGCCCCGUCUGCACGCACAGAACACAAACCCUACCACAGCUCACACACCCACUCCGCAGCACUCAAAGUCAUCACAAACUGCGGGACAGAGCCACAGUUCAGAUCUUCCACAGAUUGGCAUCCAGGACCUCUCCAUGCCUCCGCCCACUCUCACAGCAGCUGACCAAUCCCCUGCCUCCUCUGGAAAAAACUCCAGCCCACCUGUGCUGACUCCUCCACGAGGACAGAACGCAAUGCCGGUGUCUGUCCUAAAGAGAAGCCCGCCCCCUGUGGUUGUGACACAGUCCAGGAUGGCAGUAAUGAGGCUAAAGACAGAAAGACAGGAGGAGGAGGGAGAGGACGAGGAGAACGAAGAUGAAGACGAUGUGGAGGUCGUGGAGGUAAAGAUGCCCAAAGAGGAGGAGGAUGUUGAGGUGGUGUGCCCUCAGCAAUUCAGCAGCAGGUUGGCCAAAGAGAUGGAGCCACCAAAAGAAGAGGAAGAUGAGGAGGAUGAGGAAGAAGAGGAAGAGGAGGAUGAGAAUGAGAAUGGAGUGAUGGAGGUGGAAGAUGAAAGUGGGACAGAGGAUAAGGAAAAGGACUUGCUGAGUGGUUUGGGGCGUCACCACUUGCUGCCCCUCCUCUCGUCCUUGUCCUCCCUGGUGCUGUACCUCCGUCGGCUGCAGCAUUCUGCCUUCCUGUCCCUGUCUCGGCAGCUACAGUCAGCCGAGGCCUGGCGCCUUCUCUGCCACUCCAGCCUGGCUCUCCUCAUCCUGUACAACCGACGACGUGAGUGUGAGGUCUCCAAGCUGUCCAUCAGCGAGUAUCGCGCUCGCAUCACUCCCCAGUGCCCCGUUCCUGUCCCACCUGGUGCCCCUCCAGCGCUCACUCCGCUGGAGGCCUCCCUGUCCCCCUUUGAGCGCCUGGUGCUUCCUCACCUCCCUAGAGUAGGGGUCCAGGGUAAACGUGGACGAGUCCAGCCCCUCAUCCUCCCCCCUCACUGCGAGCCCUGCCUGGAGCUCCUCCUGCAGACACGGCAGGAUGUGGGAGUUGACCCCACAAACCCGUAUGUCUUCGCCAGGCCAUACCACUCCCCCGCUACACCACUGCGUGGUACUGACCUCCUCCGUAGCCUGGCCCGCUCAAGCGGUACCCGCAAUCCCCGUGCCCUGACCCAGACCAGGGUUCGCCGGCAGGUAGCUAUACUCACCCAGCUGCUGCUACUGGGAGAAGGAGAGGAGCCCGGGCAGCCUGGAGGUAGUGCUGUGGAGAGGCUGGAGCACUUCCUGGAGAGGGAAUACCAUGUUACACAGAACUGUGCCGGAAUUGGCCAAGACCCAGGCCUGAUGGGCAGAGUGGGCAGAGUGGUGCUUUGUGGAGAGAGAGAUGGAGUGCUGUUCAGAGGAAUGAGCCUGAACCACAUCUGCCUGGAGCUGGAUGUUAUGUCAGGAAACUCUGCAGACUCCUUCUCAGAGGGAGAGUCUGAAGGGGAGCAGGUGAAGGAGAAGCCUGAGGCGUCCCCCCCUGCUCCCGCUCCGAAUCCAACACCUACCCUUCUGUAUGUCAGGAAGGGCAAGAACAACGGGCGGGUGGGACGACCCAAGAAGCUCAAGAACUCCCAGCAGCCCCCUCCACCUCCUCCACUUUCACCCACAAACCGCAAGAGAGGUUCGGGUCAGCCCAAAUCAGGAAAGCGAGGCGUCCUGAAGCGUCCCUGGUCAGAGGCGGAGCGUGCAGCAGUCGAGGAGCACUUGACCCAAAACAUCACUGAGCUUCGAGUCCCCGCAAAGGCGGACUGUGAGCGCUGCCUGCAGCAGUGCCCCCUGCUGGUCAGCAACCACCGCGACUGGCGAGCCAUCAAGUUCUACUGCCACAAUCGCAUUCAGCUGCUGAAGAAAAACCAGCGGCGCGAAAGUGAUCCCCUGCCCCUCACUGUCUGCUGAAGGAAGGGGCUUGAAAGGUGGGGGGGGGGGAUGUCUGGCGUGGUGCGGUUCAGCUAGUCAGAGCAGAUUCUCAAAUGGUCCCGCGCUGCCUGCCGAGAGGACGGUCCUAAAUUUCACUCUUCUGGUAGCUGGGUUUGUUUUUGACAUUGCUUCCUAUUUGACACCUGAUGGCAUUUUUAUUUCGAGCCAUACAAGAACAGAAAUCUGAAUAAACGUUUUUGCUGCUCUACUUUAAGGUCUUAAAACAUGACACUCUUCAUGGUGUUCCUGGUUUGAGGGUUUGUCAAAGGCGGUGCACUUGGACAGGUGCUGUUUGAGACUUGCCUUGAGGGACUACAGAGACCAUUACACUGGUGGCAGGCAGCCUGUGUUGUGUUGUAGAUGGACAUUUUUUUCUCUCCUUUCAAAUCAGAUACACUAAACUGAAAUGUAAACAAGGGAGGCAGUCUUGCCCUACAGUGUUGUUAUAUGAACGUCGUGAAGUAGCAUUAGUGUUUUAUGCACUUGGAGACGUUAAUAGGACAAAUGGCCUAUGCUUGGGCCACACUUUUAAUAGCGGCUUUAUAAUUAGAGUAGGCCUAACUACUACAACCCUAGAAGGAUAACCAGAUCUUUCCUCAUUCAAGCUAGUUCUCCUCUUCAUACAGCUGACUGUGCAAUUCUGACAAUGGUUUCAUUAUAUUUGGACCAUCAUUUACGUGUAAGGUACUAGGUGAUUAAUGACUUUUGCAGUUCUUAUGAAGUUUUUUUUUAUUAUUUUUAUUUUGAGUGGAAUACAAUAUUACGAUGUAUGGAGAGGAUAUUCUGACAAACUCCAGAGUGUGGGUUUCAUGAGAGAGAUAAUUAAAUGGCCUCAGAAUGUUGUGAAGUUACUUUCGGAUACCUAAGAUGUUCAGUCCAGAAACAUGAAAACUGUUUGGAAACCUGUAUUAACUCAAUAUGUCAACAUCUACAAUUUUUCCUCCUGUUCCCAUUUGCUGUUGGUUGUUGUUGUUGUUGUUGUUGUUGUUUUUCUGCCUGUUGCACAUUCGUUAUUGAAAGCAGUAGAAAAGGUGCUAUAGGCCAAUAAGCUGGAUAUCACUUUAUAUGUGGAGAGGAGAUUUCCCUUGGUUGUGUUAAAGUUUCUUAAAAAGUGGGCAUUUAUCAGAGAAGUGAUCGUUCUGUCGCCACGUUUGUCACGUUUGUCUUUUCCAACGGCUAGAGCUCCUUCUGUCCUUUUCCAGCCACACUACACGCAGCUCGACCAUAUUUUUGCUUUUUAACUCUUUGUGUUGCUGAAAAUCUGCGUCCCUCAGACUAAAACCUCCAUGAAACCUCAAGACAGAUACUUGAAGUUAUUUAAACCUUUUGCAGAAUAUUUGUUCUUUCUUGCUCUAGCCUUGCCAGUUACAUUGUACAUAACAAAUGUAUUAUCAUUAUGCUAACUGGUUGUUUGUUCUAGGCCAUAUGUAGCUUUUUCCAUUUCUGAGUUAUUGCUAUCUGUAAAUAAGCCUGUUUGUAAAUACUCCUCAGAGAAACAAAGAAAAAACACAAUGUAUGACAUGCCUUGGUUAUUGUGUUAUGUUUUUUCUUUUUUUAUAAGUCUUAUAAAAAUGAAAAGCUCUA